AUGUUCUCAGAUGCUCCAGACAAAUGGCUGAAUGAUUUAAAAGCAGAACUCGGUUUGUUGAAGAAGCGACUCGAUGGAAUGCCUCAAAAUUCCGACACACUCAGAGAGGAGAGAAACGAGAAAUUGCUUGAUCAAGUUGAUGAAAAAGAAUGUUCAUAUAAGCUUCCGCAUCUUACUAAAUCUGUACCGCUGGCACGCAACGAUAACAGAAUCAUCAUACCAAAAUCAGCCGAAGGGCUCGUGUCGGAUAGAACCUUGGAAGAGCUGAAAAAAGAGAUGUUAUCAGCUGAACGAGAACAUCCAGCAAAUGACAGUAAUUUCGACGAAACGGAAAGCGAUGAAGAGAAUGGUCGUCUGCGAAAAGCUGUUCGCUCGCAGAGUUUUACCGACCUGAAAACAGCGAUUGAGGUGUGA